AUGAUUGGUAGCAUCGAUUGUAUGCAUUGGGAGUGGAAGAAUUGUCCAACAGCAUGGAGAGGGCAAUAUCAAGGAAGGGCGGGGGUAGCUACACUUGUGCUUGAAGCUGUAGCUGAUAGGGACUUGUGGAUUUGGCAUUCUUUUUUCGGAAUGCCGGGAAGUUGCAAUGAUCUGAACGUGCUUCAUAGAUCUCCUGUGUUUCAAGAUGUUUUAGAAGGUCGAGCUCCGGCUGUUAAUUUCGUUGUAAAUGACCAUCAAUAUGACAAAGGAUAUUACCUUACUGAUGGUAUCUACCCCAAAUGGGCUACUUUUGUGAAGUCCAUAACGAGUCCACAAUCUCAUAAAGAUAGACUCUUUGCAAGACAUCAAGAAGCAGCAAGGAAAGAUGUGGAACGAGCAUUUGGAGUGCUACAAGCUCGAUUUGCUAUUAUUCGGAUGCCAUCCCUUGCUUGGGAUGUGGACAUGCUUCAUAAGAUUAUGUUGGCGUGCAUAAUCAUGCACAACAUGAUAGUUGAAGAUGAACGAGAAACCUACCAAAAUUACAUGGAUCCAGCAGAGUUUGACGUAGGCGGAUCUCGACAUCGUUCUGCUCAGAGAAACAACGAAGAGCAAGAAGGUGGUUUUGAAUAUCAUAACGACCGAAUUGUCGACAUCAACACGUAUUUGCAGCACAAUGCAGAAAUCGAAGAUCAACAAACUCAUUUAUCAUUGAAAAACGAUUUGAUCGAACAUAUAUGGGCAAAGUUCGGUAGGAACGGAAACUAA